ACACGCAAUCACUGUCAACUGUGCCAACAAGGACCCUCUCUACUGACACGCAAACACUGUCAACUGUGUCAACAAGCGCCCUCUUAACUACCAUGAGACACACCAGUCAUAUGCCGAGUGUGCAAUCAUCUCAAGCUGCAGCGUCCUUUACGACCGUGACCUCAAAGCAUAGACCUACUACUCACUCGACUGGGAGUAAACAAAGACACACCAGUGAAACGUCAAGUGUGCAAUCUUCUCAAGUUACAGCGUCCUUAACGACCACUAAAUCUGCGCCUGGACUAACCACUCACUCGUCAGGGAGUAAUCGAACACAGCGGACUACGAAAGCAACGACAAUGGUAUCAACAUUUUUAACAACGAGAUGGGUGGUUUCACUUGCGGUGUCGUGUGCAGUGAGUGGUGUUGUUUUUGCAAUCAUCACAGUUAUUCUUUGCAGAUAUAGACAAAAGAGACAGACCCGGUCCGAAGGUAUUUCCACUGACAGACCCCUGGAACUGUCUACCUCGGGGUCAGCUGAACCAAGUAACCUUUACUUUGUCCUCGACCCAGCCUUCAUAAAUCUAAACAAUGAAGAAGUACCAGAUGCAGAAGCAGCAUCCAAGCUGACCGACACCAGACCAGAGCACGAACGGUACUCGAAAGUAUUACCAAGGCAUUUGAGAUUCAACCAAAACGACAAGGCACGUAUUUCUGGGAAUCGUGCCGAAAUGGUUGAUAACUUUUUAUACAGCACAUCAAAACAUGAACUCAUUGAUGAAAGAGCUGACGAUGCCAUUCUGGUAAACAUGGAUACUUGUCUCGUUGAUGAUGGAAACAUUGGGGCUGGUGUUUGUUACAUGACGGAAAACGAGAUCUAUUGCGGGGGCCUGCUACAACUGACACCUCCGCUGAAACGAGCUCAGAAAGCGGAGAUAUGCCCAAAGAAAUAUGUGUCAUGGUUGACAAUGACAUCUACAGUGGAGGAGAGCCCGAUACUGUUAAUGUAAUGAUCUAGAUGGGGUAUGAGAGAAGUGGGUGAAGGAGUAUGGCUUCAUGCAAGCUUUUAACUACAUACAUACAUACAUACAUACAUACAUACAUACAUACAUACAUACAUACAUACAUACAUACAUACAUACAUACAUACAUACA